AUGGCGUGGUACUCGAUCCUGCCGCCGCAGCUCGAGUUCAUCGAGCGCUGGGUCAUCCGCAUCUGCCUCGUCCUGGCCAUCAUCAACCUCGCCCCGUGGGUCAUUGCCAUACUCUACGAUCUCCUGCUCUACAUCGGCCGGCGUCUGUGGCAUGAAAUGCCCAUCUGGGGUGGUCGAGCACGUGGGGAUGCGAGGCCGAGGGCACCCUCGCUUCGCGACCGGCCUCGUCGGUUUAGUCUGGUUGAGUUGAUGGGAGGGGGGGAUGGUGGGAGUGGGUCUAAAGAGGAGAUGAGUGUGGAUGAGCUGAGACGGCGGCACAAGACUCAUGUGAGGAAUACGAGUGCGGCGAGUGUGGGUAUUGAGGAGGAGCCUUUUGAGGCGUUGCGGUGA